AUGGAUUCUCGUACGGCAGACCCCGUGCAAUCUAUAUGGCGGGAGCUGCCCGAAGACACGUUCCGUGAACACCUGGUCCGGCUUGAAGAGCGUACCAACGCCGUGCCGAUGGACGUGGAACAAUUUGAUGUCUCGACUAACCUCAAAAGCCACCACAGCGGUCAUCUGUUGGCAGUAAACGAUGAACAGGGUCUCGCAAAUGCGUUCGCAUUCUUAGUAGCGGUGGAGGAGGGUGCACAGAGCGUUGCGGCAGUCUGUCUCGAAGAAGACAUCAAGGCCACCACUCUAACCAUCCGCUUUGCUGCUAUCGACGCCAUCAGCGAAGCCAUUCAGCAAGCACUACGCCGGGUGACCGACGCGAUAUCCGGGACGAGUGGCCAGGCAUUCGAUAGUCACCUGAAGGUUGACGAGCUCUUCCGGCUAGUCACAAAGAUGCAUUUUCGACGCAUCCUCGCGCGCUUCCGCUCCUCGAAGUGGACCAAGCCGAAGUUCCUCUCUCGCAGCCACAAAAAGCCAUUGUGGCAGGACUUUGCAAAUCUGUCCCACCGUGUACAAUUCCUCUACACGAGAAGAGAGGUUUCUAUCCGGCAGUCUCUCGAAGAGCAACUUGAAAACCUGACUAGAUUGUAUUCGUCAUUCGAAACCGUGGCCCUGGACUCCCAUGAAGAAUUUGCCCACCUCAUUCGGCUUGUCCGCACGAGCUACGAAUUUUGCACCGAUGAAGUGGUUCAAGAGUACGCGAGGCGCCUCAAAAAUGCGGGACCAACGUCGCAAGUACGCUCCGCCCUCAAGACCAUGCGACAGAUUGAGAAAAUUGCAGCCUACUACCGCAUCUCAAACACUCUCAUCCGUACCUCACGUCUCUACCCGCAGUACUUUCAAGCGGAGAAACUCUUUUUGGAUUUUCUAGCACCGUAUGCUAGCGUUCCAACAAGUGUCGGCUACGAAGACUGGGCGAAGACAUGCCAUGUCCAUGCCGAGAUACAGCUGAUUGUCUACUACGAUAUGCACUCUUCGGACGCUGUCACGUCCAAUUCGAGGUCUCAUGGCGCACAUAAUGCCCAUUUUCUUCCACCCCGCGUGAUUGGCACCAGUAAAUACCUCUGCUAUCUCUGCUACCUCUUCAUGAAGGUGCACGGUCGGUAUCCACCCGCCAACACGCACGGACGACUCUAUGACCAAUGGACGAUACCUGACUGUGCCGAGUUUGGGGAUGAACAACGCAAUUUCUACAAAUAUAUCAUACAGCAGAUGGACAAGGAGGUUCUGGCCCGAGCAUCAGAGCCACCACUUUGGAGGCCGGAACCGAUGACCAGCAGAGAAAAUCUCUUGAUGCCAUGA